AAUAUUAUAUAAUUAUCAACGUUGUCAUACAGUACAUUAUUUGGAUGUCUAAUAUUUAAAUGUUUAUGUGAGCAAAUCGUUUGCUUAUAUUUUGAAGUCCACCUCACAUGUUUCCGGUCAUCUGAUGGAGCUUGCAGAAGGACGAGGUGACGCAAUGGCUCUGUGUUUUCAGAGGGAGGCGCUGUAGGUCAAAGGAAAGAGGCGUCAAGGUGGAUCCAAAGUGCGUGUAGGGAAGUUCCAGGUGGAGCGGAGAGCUUCUCCUGUCAACGUCGUUGACUCUGCUGUUCUAUAACCUAUUCAGUUGUAAACUGUAUUCCCUUUGAGAGGCCAUGUACCCCGUAGACCUUCCAGAUGUGGAUGACACUGGACUGACAUCGGCAUCUGAACAGUACCUCUCUUCUUUGGAGUCAAGAACUUGGAAUAAUGAGUGGUUUCAAUUAUCACAGACUUCAAAGGUAGCGAUCACAGCUGACAAUGCAAGGCGGGUGCAGCUGUUUGAAGAUGACCAACCCGACUGUGCACUGCUGGCGCUUUACUCUCCAGAUGAUCCAACACAAGUGGUGGCUUUAUACCUGCAUGAGAAGUGGUGGUGUGUGGAGGACGUCUUACGAACGUCCAGCAAGUCCAGAAGUGGCUUGAUUACGGUGCAGUCGCUCAUGGAGAGGGUGAUUGUGUUCCUGCUCAGUCAGGUGGUGGAGAGGUCCUCGCAGGAGAAGGCGUUGUUCUCCCUGCACCCCCGCACAGAGAGCUGCAAACUGCUGUGGAGAGACAGCCAGGCGGUCGGCUUCUACACCGUCAAACACAAAGGCAGCCUGUGUGACAGCUGGAGCAGUCGCUGCUACCUGCUGCCUGCUCUGGACACGGUGCUGGUGAGGAGAAGCUGGAGGAGGAGAGGCUUUGGGCUUCUGAUGCUGGAAGAUUACUGCUCCUCGUUCUACACAGAGACAUGUCUGGGAGUCAGCUCUCCAUUAUCACCCAGCAUGGCGGCAGUGUGCAGGAGCUUUCUGCAGCAGCACGAGGAACAUCUGGAGCAGCUGUAUGAGGUGGAGGCUCCAGGGAACUGGACUCAGCGACGAAACAUCUGGCUCAGCAUCCAGCUAGGCCGCUACUCCCUCGGCAAUAAUGAGGAGAAUAGUCCAACAUCAGGAGAAACGCAGAGGAAUGAAGGCGAUGACUCCUCUCAGAAGACCUAGAGUCGUCCUGUGGACCUGACCUCAGCGAGCACCUGUAAUGUGAACGUUCCACUGGUAAUAGACUCUGCCGCAAAACAAAUGAAACCCUGUGAUCCAAGCCGAGGAGAAGCUCCCAGAGCAGCGAGAUCUCUGGAACAGGAUGUCCUGCAGCCCACACUGAUGGUCUGCACUCUGGAGCUCCCAGCAGACCACCACAGGCCCUAAACACAAAACAAGUCCUGAAACCCAAGCCCUCUCUAUCUGCAGAG